GUGAAACUUAUGCAUACGAUGCACAGGUUCCCCAGGAAGCACCGAUAAAUAGCCGAGACAUAUCCAAUUGCGGGGCAGAAAAUUUGUACCUCCUUACACAACAGCUAGCUACUUUGUACCGCUCCAGCUCCAGCCACCACAAUGGAAUCCUAUCUAUCCUCACUUUUUGGCCUGAGUGGCAAGAAGGUUUUGAUCACAGGAGGCACACGUGGAAUUGGAAGAGGUCUUGUUACGGCCUUGUACUCCAGCGUCACUCUGCGAUAUGGCAAGAAUCUGCUAAUGACCUCAUGACAGAGCUUCUGCUGGCGCCGAUAUCAUUCUGCUCGCACGAGACCCAGAUUCGACGGCAGUACGUGGAAUGACCUCUAUAAUCGAAUCAUGCGGUCGAAAAUACUACAUCUAUCCAUGCGACCUGUCUGAUCGCGCUCGUCUUCUUUCCAUUGUUCCCGAAAUAACUCGCGAUGGCCACGAAAUUGAUAUAUUUGUUCACUGUGGUGGCCUCCAACAUCGAUCUCCCGCCGAAGACUUUCCAGAUGUCAAUUGGGACGAGAUUAUAGGAGUCAAUCUUACGGCUAGGUUUCAACUGAGUAGAGAGCUUGGAAAACUAUGGUUGAAUACGUCAUUGAGAUCCCCAGAAAACCCUGCGAGUGUUCAAGGGAAAAAGAAAAUCGUCUUCAUUGCAAGCGCCACCACAUAUUCUGCAAGCACUGAGAUACCGGCAUACGUCUCCAGCAAAGGGGCAUUGGGGCAACUGACGAAAGCUUUUAAUAAUGAGUGGAUGGCCAAGGGCAGCAAUGUCAAUGCGAUUGCUCCAGGAUACAUAUCAACAGAGUUGACCACCGCUCUCAGAGAUGGUUCUGAGAAAGAGAAGAACUUGAUGGCUCGAAUACCCGCUGCGAGAUGGGGUUUACCCUCUGACCUAGCUGGAGCCAUAAUUCACUUGUGCGGAAAAAGUAGCGAUUAUGUUGGCGGAGAAAUACACGCUGUAGAUGGUGGAUUCCUCGGACGAUAAAGCACCAAGAUUCAUGUCAAUUGGCAUUGCCAGUUAGUUAUACAUGAUAUUUGUCUUUGCAAAGUUUGCUCGAUACAUAUUACUAACCAACAGCAGCACGUGAGUACAACAGGAUAUGCACUUUUGGUACGUUCCACAUUCUUCUCUGUUUCAUAUCCCCUUUACUUUUCAUGAUGACUACACUAUGCUCUUAAGAACGGCCAACUGAAUUUUCCUUGUUGAUCAACCAAUAUUUUCAUGUCUGAACUUCUAGUACUCUAUCUACUUUCAUUCUGGUACCUCGGAUAGUAUCGUAGCUAAUAAUUGAAACAGGCUUAAAUAUAAGCAAUUUGGUCUACGAAUAUGAUCUGCGACAAAUUCAAAGCUACUCGACUUGAUAUAUGAAUAUCGUAUUUUAUAUACACCAUUUUAUAGGCAAGCGCUCUGGAAUGCAAAUUGGUCAUUUCUUGUGGUAUUCGGUACUUGUCGUUACCUACUGCAAAUACAUCUGUAGCAUACAAGUACCAUUUAAAUGCAGAAUAUAAUUCUGUUUCCGUAGUUACAAUACAAAUCCAC